AUGGGCAACACCACCUCCCAUCCGGCGCAGGACCCCGCCGGUGGGCCCUCGGACCUCCAACGCGCGCGCUCACCCAGCGUCCGGCGGUACCACAGCAUCGCCCACGCUAGCCUCGCUCACACCGGUCAAAAAGCAGGUGCCGCCCUCACCAACUCGAGGUCCGCCACCAGGGGCACGCCCGUCUUUGGCCGCAUCAGCAGUCACGAUGAGUCCUCAAGCAGCCCAAACAGGUCUCGCUCCCGCAGCGGCAGCGUGACCGGCUUCUGGUCCUCCCACCGUCGCGGCUCAGACACGGGCGACCUCAAGGAACAGAGCCCGCUCAGCAAGCAGGUCGAGCGGUCAGAGGAACAGAUCAGCAUGAUACCAGAGUACGAGAUUGCGACGCCUUCUGGCAACUCGGCGUUGGAAUCCGUCGUGAGAAAGAGCCCCUCUGCAUCCAGAAAGGCGACAGGAGACGCUGGCACGCCAGGGACGCCACAGGGCUUCGACCCGCGCCAUUUUGUAUCGCCCCACCCCAGCCCCUCGGUGGCCACGCAUGCGCAUUAUGCGUCAGGGACACCUAGCCACCAUUCAGCGACGGGAUCCGCAGGCUCGGGCCAAGCCUCGACCUCUUCUGCGAUAGGCUCUGCCGUCCCGAGCCACACGAGCGUACGUAGCAUCGGCGCAUCGCAGCCGCAGCAGGUCCCCUCGGUGAGCGCGCACGCCCACCACAAGCUGCCCCUCUUCGGAAUCGGCGGCGGGGCCGGCAGCAUGUUCCCGCAGACCGGGAACAGCCUCAGCACGAAUGCAGCCGCUUCGCCACCAGUGAGCGGAGCCAGUCCCGUCGUUUCAUCGAUGCCCAUGUCGGCGCACCCGGCCGACGCCGAGUCGCUGCCCUCAAGACCGCCUGCGGCUCUGCCGUCGUACCUCAAGAUCCCCACCACGAUACCCAGCACGUACGCAUCGGCAACGACGCCCCUAGGAACUGCGUUCGACGCCUCCACGGAUCACGACGAGUACGAGCGAUCUUCGUCGCCGUCGCCGCUCUCGGACGACGCUAAACACACCAGGCUGCUCAGCGGAGGAGGAGCGGCAGCUGCUGUCCUCGACCCGGUCGACAUCGUCAUUGGCCCCGGUCACGCCAGCCGCGUCAGCUCGCCGAUGGAGGAGCGGCAGAUGCACCUCCAUUCAGACGCAGGUUUGGAGGCGGCCGCCGCGUCCAGAAUGGCCGCCGACGGCUCGGAUGACGGGAACGCAGCGCCGAUCGACAUGGCCGAUGAACGGGGUCGGUCCCAGGCCCGCGAGUCUGACUUCGCAGAGGACAAUGAGAGGGAACCUCGCAGUCUGGAGCGCGCGACGGCGGAAGAGGCUGCUAAUCGGGCCAACUCCAGGACGCCGACGCCGACUCCGGGGACCUACGGCCCACGGGCGCUCACGCCCACAGCGGAAAAGGUCGCGCCCCUACGACCCAUCUCGCCGACGUCGACAUUUGCCACCUCGGUUGGGCCACCGGCUUCGCCUACGAUGCCGCGCAAGCCCUUGAUAAGCGUCCAGACCGGAGGCGAGAGCGGCGCCAACACACCAGCGUUGCCGCCAGGCCUAACCUCGGCGCCGCCGAGCGCUGCCGUCCCAGCCUUCACGCGCAUGAGCUCGCACGGCAGCGACCAGCCGACGACCCCGACCGGCAAGGCCGCGACGAGCGCCAUGCAUCCCGCCGAUCGUGAGGGCAUUUCGGUCCGCUCCGAUACGCCUUCGCGCUCGACGGGCAGCAGUCAGAUUUCGACGCCGACCAAGGGCCUGUCUGCGGCCCAUCACGAGCAGCACCAGCAUCAACAGCAGCAACCGCCGCUGAUGCCGAUCGUACUGACCUGGACUUCGGGCGGACGCGAGGUGUUUGUGACGGGCACGUUCGCCAACGAGUGGCGGUCAAAGAUCCUGCUGCACCGAUCCAAGCGGGACCACUCGUGCGUGCUGCACCUGCCGCCAGGCACGCAUCGGCUCAAGUUCAUCGUCGACGAUCGGUGGCGCGUGUCGCGGGAUCUGCCAACGGCUACCGAUGGGGACGGCAACCUGGUCAACUACGUCGAGAUCCCCAACGUGGGACCGGCACAUCCGGGCCCUCUGAGCGCGCCAGGCGAGGAUCUGCCCGACGAGCGGGAACGACGUCGCGGUCACAGCCGGGAUCGGAGCAGCAAGAUCGAUUCGAAGCGGACGACAAUGGACCUGAUAGAGGAGGCGCGCAAAGCAGCCGCCGCACGUCGGGGCGAGCUCGACGACUUCUUUGGGCCCGAUGACGCCCAGGACUCCGAGGACGACUGGACGAGGGAGAUUCCGGCAUCGUUGCUGGCGGCGCAAGAGGCCGAGGAGGAAGAGCUGAGCGGCGGUGGCGGCGGCGACUCGUCUGAAGGGGCCCGUUCGAGGCCCCAGCACGAGCGGCACGACAGCGGUACGUCGCAUGCGGCGUUGCCGAACCCGCCAGCCCUGCCGCGGCAACUCGAGAAGGUGAUUCUCAACUCGUCCCCCGCCAACCCAGCGGGCAACGGGGGAGGCGGGACGGUCGACGACAACAGCAUCUUGCCAGCUCCGAACCACGUCGUGCUCAACCACCUUACUGCCAGCUCGAUCAAGGGCGGCGUACUGGCCGUGGGCACCACGACGCGCUACAAGCGCAAGUACGUCACCACCGUCUACUAUCGCCCCGUCCAGGUGUGA